CCCCGGCGCUCCUCAUUGGCUGGCGGAGGCGCCCGGGCCGCUCAGUGGAGAGCGAGGUCCCUUGACCGAAGCGCCGGGCGCCUGGGCCGGGGGCGGCCGCCUGCCGAGGGACGGGGCCCGCUGCUGAGGCGGGGAGGGGGCGAGGGCUGAUCUGUAACCCCCCCCCCCCGCAGUGAUUGUUAGCCGGGAGCUGGCCCCCGGCUGCGCUGGGCAGGUGGAGGCUCGAGGCAGCGGCUGCAGGGAGGCGAAGGCUCCCGCGAAGAGGGGGCGGCGGUGCUAGGCUGUCGGAGCAGGAGCCCUGCGGCCGGGCGCGCCCGGUCCCUUUCCAUGGCUGCGAGGAGGGGCGGGCCCCCCUUGGAAGGUGCCCGGGCCGGGGCCCCGCAGGCGGACGGACCAUGGUGACUUCCCCGCUCCGGGGACGGCGGCGGCGGCAGGAGCCGGAGCCUCAGCGCUAAUGGAAACUGGGUGCGCUGCCAGCUCGGCCCCUCCGCGGGGGGGAGGCGGCGCGUCUCCAGCUGCGGCUGCCCGGCCCCCGCCAGCUGACGGGAGCGCGGCCGUCGGUGGGCUCGGCAGCCGCAGCCGGGCGGGCAUGGAGACCGCUGCGGUGCCGGAGCGGGGCCCGGCCCCUGUCCCCCUUCCCCGCCCGCCCGCCGCGAGGGAGCCCCGAGCAGGCCACCUGCGGUUCCUGCGGAGGAGCGUGGUGGACUCGGACCAGGAGGAGCCGCCUCUCGAGCUCUCCGCGGCCCAGCCGCGCCGGAUCGUCCUGCUCUCCAAAACCAGGAGGAUCAUUGCGGAGAGGGCCAAGGGGCGGCACGGGGAGGUCGAGCUCCCGCCCGCGGCCGCCGAGCCCGCCGCGGAGCCCAAGGGGGCCGCCCCUGGGGGGCCGGCCGCGGCCGAGGAGCAGAAGGAGCCGGGCAGGGAUGCGGAGAGGAAAGAGCCGUCGGACAAAGAUCAGACCAGGUCCAGGAAGGAGGAGCCGGAGGAGGAGGAGGCCGACAUGAAAGCCGUCUCCACCUCGCCCGACGGCCGGUUCCUGAAGUUUGACAUCGAGCUCGGCAGGGGGUCCUUCAAAACGGUCUACAAGGGGCUGGACACGGAGACCUGGGUGGAGGUCGCUUGGUGUGAACUUCAGGACAGAAAAUUGACAAAAGUAGAGAGACAGAGAUUUAAGGAGGAAGCAGAAAUGUUGAAAGGUCUUCAGCAUCCAAACAUUGUUAGAUUUUACGACUUCUGGGAGUCCUGUGUAAAAGGAAAAAAAUGUAUAGUGCUAGUUACUGAAUUGAUGACCUCUGGAACACUAAAAACGUAUCUGAAAAGAUUUAAAGUGAUGAAACCAAAAGUUCUUCGUAGCUGGUGCCGACAAAUCCUGAAAGGUCUACUGUUCCUGCACACGAGAACUCCACCAAUCAUUCACAGAGACCUAAAAUGUGACAAUAUUUUUAUUACGGGACCAACUGGAUCUGUGAAAAUAGGAGACUUAGGUCUGGCAACCCUCAAAAGAGCUUCAUUUGCCAAAAGUGUAAUAGGUACUCCAGAAUUUAUGGCCCCAGAAAUGUAUGAAGAACACUAUGAUGAAUCAGUUGACGUAUAUGCUUUUGGAAUGUGCAUGUUGGAAAUGGCUACCUCAGAAUACCCCUACUCAGAAUGCCAGAAUGCUGCUCAGAUUUACCGGAAAGUAACCUGUGGUGUCAAGCCAGCAAGUUUUGAGAAAGUUACUGAUCCUGAAAUUAAGGAGAUAAUUGGGGAGUGUAUUUGCAAAAAUAAAGAAGAAAGAUAUGAAAUUAAAGACUUAUUAAGCCAUGCCUUUUUUGCUGAAGAUACUGGGGUAAGAGUGGAACUUGCAGAAGAAGACCAUGGUAGGAAAUCCUCUAUUGCCUUAAGACUCUGGGUAGAAGAUCCUAAGAAACUGAAAGGAAAACCCAAAGAUAAUGGAGCCAUUGAGUUUACUUUUGAUCUGGAGAAGGAAACUCCUGAUGAUGUUGCACAAGAAAUGGUUGACUCUGGAUUUUUUCAUGAAAGUGAUGUUAAGAUAGUUGCAAAGUCAAUACGUGACAGAGUAGCAUUAAUUCAGUGGAGAAGAGAGAGAAUUUGGCCUAUGAUACAAUCAGAGGACCGUCAAGUUUCUGAAUGUUUGGAGAAAUUGAAGGUGCCACAAGCACAACAGGUUCAAGUAACGUACAUUUCACACACUGGUCAACAAACUCUGUCAGACCUAGAGGAAGCAGAAGCUGACCAGCAUCUAUUUCAGCAUAACCUCCCCACCAGCGUCACAUCUGUUGCAUCUGACAGCACAUUUGACAGCGGUCAGGGGUCCACAGUUUAUUCAGACUCUCAGAGCAGCCAGCAAAGUGUCAUCUACUCAACUCUGCCUGAUUCAAUACCUCCUGCUAUUCAACGGGUUUACAGUCCACCUCUAAGUGAGAGCCAGGCUUUGCCCCAAACCCUUCAGCAGCUGGGGCACUACCAGCAGCCUUCAGCACCUGGACUAACAGUGGUUCAGGCUCCACCUGCUGUUAUCUCUCAGCGACCGCAACAUUACCAAGAGCCAGCAAUGACAUUCCCAGUCAUACAGCCAACCACAGUUGCUUCAUUGCAGAUGGGGCAAUCUCAGCCUGUUUUAGCCAGCCAGCAGCAGCAAUCCAUGCCACAGCAAGCUCCUCCGCAGCAGGUUCUAGCCAGCCAGCCAGUUUGUCCAUUGCCCCCCACCACCCAUCUGCUGCCCCAAUAUCAAACCCAGACUUCUCAGGUGGCAGCUACCAGUACACCGCUAACACCGCUGCAGAUUUCCACUGUGCAGCAACUUCCUCAGGUCCCACCCUCCCAGAUUCCUCAGCUUCCUGUCAUUCCUGCAGUUACUCCUCUGCCAGGACUUGACAAUCUUCUUCCAAGUCUCUCUGAUUUACCUGCUGCAAAUGCACCCCCCAUACCUGUUCCUUCCCAGUAUUUCACUCCAGCUGUGAUUAUACCAAGCCUUCCCAUGAACCCUGCUCUGCCUCUGACAUCCAAUCCCCCUGCCCUGUCCAUGCAGGCAGUCAACCUUCCUCAUACUACCGUGGCUUCUUUGGUCUUGCCCUGCCAAACAAUAGUGCCAAAUAUAUCGGCUGCUACAGUACCAUUACUUGCUGUGGCUCCACGGGGAGGGUCAGCUUUGCCAACACAUCCCGCAAUAUCCCAUCUCUCCCAGCAACAGAUGUAUCAGCCUACCUUCCAGCAGAUCAUUCAGAGUGACGCUCCCUCACCCCAUCACACUCAGAACAUGCAAGCAGUUUCGCAGCAGCAACUGCCUCCACUUCCUCAGUCACUGCAGCCAAGCAUAAUUCAUCCUUCAGAACAGACUAUGUCUGCAUCUGGAGUUGGUAACCAGAUCAUUGGACAUCUUCAAUAUGGUUUGGAAAUUGGAACCCAGAUGCCUGCAAUACCAAUGCAGCGUUCGAUAGUUAUGCCAUCGCCUUUGCAGUUACAACCUGAAACGUUGCCUCCCUGCCUCAGGCCAGAAAGUCUUUCACAACUUCAUGGCAACCUUGCUGCAGCUAGUACAACAGUGCCCAUAGAUCAUUGUCGGCCUCUUCAGCCUACUGGUCUUCUGCAGCUUCAACCAGAUCUUUCCCAGCCUCUGGGGCAGCAGGCUCCAUGUUCUGCCAUCCAGUCGGUUACAGAGUCAACUCAAGAGGAGCAUGCAAUACAAGAGAAACAGCAGACGCUAGCACUGAGCUGUGAAAGCUACAUGAGUCCCGAUGUUGCUUCAGGUAAAGAGAUGAGUGACAGCUUUGAAGGAGUGGUUGGAAGUGGAAAGCAAGAAGGAAAGCCUUCAAAGAAACAUAAGAAAUCUACACGCAUUCGAUCACGCCAGGAGAAGUCAAGCAGACCAAAGCUGACCAUUCUAAAUGUGUGCAACACAGGGGAUAAGAUGGUGGAAUGUCAGCUGGAAACACAUAAUCACAAAAUGGUGACUUUUAAAUUUGAUUUAGAUGGUGAUGCGCCAGAAGAAAUUGCUACUUACAUGGUAGAGAAGGAAUUCAUAUUGCAGACUGAAAAAGAGACAUUCAUUGAACAAAUGAAAGAUAUUAUUGAUAAAGCAGAAGAUAUGCUCAGUGAAGAUAUAGGAGAACGAAGUUCUGAUCAGGGAACAAGUCCCCAGCAAGAUGCCUCUAGACUAGAAAUGAAUGAAGAGAACCGGCAAUCUCAAGUGAAGACACCAAUGUAUCAGCAGAAUGUUUUACAUACUGGAAAAAGGUGGUUUAUUAUAUGCCCUGUUGUGGAAAACCCUACUGAGGAAGUACCAGAGUUCUCCCCAGCAGUUCCUCAGAGUAAACAGCCGGAAGGUCCAGAUCCCGAACAGUCCGAUGAUCAGCAAAUGAGCUCUGCUGUGGCAGACACACCUAGUGUCUUGUUUUGUAACCAGCUCCCUAGUCAAACAAGUGUAUACGACAGCCCCUGUGGAACACCUGGUCCUUUGGCACAAGUUCCUGCCGCAGCGUCUUCAGCUGUUUUACAGACCAAGGCAGAAAUUUUAGCUGCAACACUACCGGGAACUGCUCCAUAUAUCCCAGAACAGUUUGUUGCUAAUGUAGGUCAACCAGAAUAUUCUCCACUACACCUGGUAAUGCCCAGUCAGCCUGAUGCUUCUGCCCACAAUGCAGCUUCACUAGACGAGCCUUCCGAUACUCAGCUUGCUCCAGAAUCCUCCCUGCAAACGCUGCAGCAGACAGAUGAAGACACUUGUGUUCCCGAUGUGGAGAUCUCAUGCUGUACUGUCAGGCCACCCAGCUCGAUUCUAACGGUUCCUGCGCAAGGAGACGAAUUCUGCCCCGUUCCUGCUCUCUCUGAUGUCGUCUUGGAACUCCAGCCUGCGCCACAAAUCCACCAUGUGUCAGAGGCCAGUCAACCCGGUGUAAUGCAGCAUUCCUUGGUGAACCAGCUGCUUCCUGGGGGUAUUGUCUCUGAUCCUCUAAAUCUGACAGGCUCUCAGCUUCAAAGUCCUCCCCAGCUACCGGUAGCUAUGUCCCAGCAACAUAUAAUGCUGACCCAGUCCCAGCCUGUCACCUGCGCUGGCCUUGGCAUGGGUCUGCUGCAGCCACCUUGUGCGGUAGAGUCAGAUGGAGAAGGGCCACCCAGAGUUGAUUUUGCUGACAACACAAUAAAAAGCCUCGAUGAGAAGUUGCGUAAUUUGCUGUACCAAGAGUGUGUUCCUACAUCUUCUGCAUCAGCAGGGACACCAGAGAGCUUUGUACCUUUAGAGCAGGGGGAGAGCGAGUUGGCUAGCUUACCGUCUUUUAAUGAAGAACCAAUUCCCACACUUUUAUUGGAUUUAAGAGAACCAGGCCUUAAUGUCCCAGACACCUGCCAGGAAGCUAAUGCUGCUCAGGAUCAAUUUGUGUCACUUGUACCUUCUGAAAUGCCACCUUACCCUGUAUUGGCUAGUCAGGCUGUGACUGUGCCUUUUAUACCCAUAAAUCCAGCAGCCAUGGAAAUGUCUGCCAUGCCGAUCAAUGCUACAGCCACUGGCCAGAGCAGAACAGAGUUCAGAAUCCAAGAGCCAAUGUUGGAAAAGUCCGAAACGACUAGCAUCGGUGUCCGCUCCUCAGAAGUGAGAGGUGGGUCGAUGAGGAGAAAAGGUUCAACUGCAAAUAUUUCUUCAACUUCUGCUGUUCCAACAAAAGGUCUUUUUCAGGUUGCUCCUGCAUCAACAACCAUACCUGAAAAAAUGGAAACUUCUAAAAGGAAUGAGGAGGCAAAGAUCAAAACUUCAUCUGCGCCUACAGAGAACUUAAUACAGACUUUUACAACAGAUAGGGAGAUAAAUAACCUUCAAAGGAAUGACUUUGUAGACCCUGGUUCCUAUGGAAAACAGUCUGAAGUGCAUGAUAAUAGUACACCAGCCAAAACUAUUGGCAGAUUUUCAGUGAUCAGUACCCACGAUGAAUUAACUUUAACAUUGCCACAUUGCUUAAGGUACUCUGCACCACCUGAUGUUUAUUUGGAUGAGCUUCCCUCAAGUCCUGGCCUAAAGUCAUCAGUACGGCGGGUGCAGACGGCAUCUUUUCUUGAUGUCCUUUCUGACCAUGGGUCCAGUGAUUCUGGUGACGAGUCUCUCCAAAGGAAGUCUGUUGCUGUUCAGCCGUCUUUGAAGAGCAGUAGUGCAGCCAAUGACAUCACAAAAAAGGCAGCUUCUCUUCUGCAAAGAUCUGGAAAGACUAGUUCACUGGGCCCUGAUUCGCCUAAUGGUCAGGGAACAAAAAUUCCCACUAUCAAUAUAACAUCCUUCCACUCGCAAUCAUCCUACAUGAGCAGCGACAAUGACUCGGAAUUUGAAGAUGCAGAUAUGAAGAAAGAACUGCAAAACCUGAGAGAGAAGCACAUGAAAGAAAUUGCUGAACUGCAGACUCAACAGAAGAAUGAGAUUGAGGCUUUGUACGUCCGUCUGGGCAAACCAUUGCCACCCAAUGUGGGUUUUCUUCACUCAGCCCCACCAAGUGGCCGGCGGCGAAGAACCAGCAAAAAUAAAUUAAAAGCUGGGAAACUACUGAAUCCUCUGGUUCAGCAGCUCAAAAUUGCACCUUCCAACACAAGUAAUCUGUCAGACUGCAAAGAGUCCCUCCCCAAAGAAAAAACUAGAACUCAUGCUGGUUCAACUGAAGCAACAGCAGUAACUUCCUCCACAUCAGCCACAUUUGGAAAUUCAGUUCAGACACAGCAACCCUGCUCAGUCAAGGCCUCUUUGUCUUCUGACAUCUGCUCCGGCUUAGCCACCGAAGGAAGCAAUGCGCAUGGAAGUUCUGGCCAAGGAUCGUCUACAAACAGUCUUGUAACGUGUCCUGAGCCUCUACCACCACCAGCUCUGCAGGUCCAGGGGCAAACGAACAACAGUAACAACAAGAAAGGAACAUUCACAGAUGAUCUUCACAAACUGGUGGAUCAGUGGACAAGCAAAACUGUUGGCGCGGCACAGUCAAAACCUUCUUUAAACCAACUGAAGCAGAACCAAAAAAGGCAAGACAUGGAGCCAAAGGCUAAUCCCAUGCAGGCACAGAAUGAGACGUGUGGAGUAAGUGGCGCUCCUUGAAGAACAUACAUUUUGCCAUGUAUCUGACAGCCAUUGCAGAACUCGUAUGAGGAGGAGGACAUAAAUUUAAAAUAUACUGCAAUGUCCAUUUCACUUCACUAAGUACUAAAAUAGCUUAUGUUUUUUGGUCUUCUGGAGUUAAUUUUGGUAACCUAUGGGCCAAUAUAUAUUUUUAAAAUUAAGAACUGCUAAUUAAUAGUUGAUAAACAGCAACACACUGGCUGGUGAUCCAUACAUUGCUUGACUUAAACAAGGUUUUACUUUUGCUAAAAUCUCUCUCCUUUUUUAAUGUUAAUCUUCCUCAUAUAGAAUGGUUGCUGGACUAGUGGCUUGGUGGUAGUAUAUUGCAGGCUCUCAUUCUGCCAGACACUUUGUGAAUACUCUGUCUUGAGGAGAUGGGUGUCAAGUGGGUCGUUAGCUUGCCCUUGCUGGCUGAGCAGUGCCAUACUACAGACACUUUUAAAACGUCACUCAGAUGAUCCCGAGUACAGUGAGGAGUGGAAGCACUAGCAUCUCCUACCCGCUAAUCCUCUGUUCAGUGGCACAGCUGAAUAGCUUGAAAUGUGUGUGCAUCUCUGUGCACGCACACACACACUUGACUUCAUGGCUGAGCUGACGGUGUUGAGGAUAAGAGCUUAUGCUACAUCCCUGCAGGCACAAAAAUGAAGGAGAGAGACAAACAAUGAAUCCCAGUUACACCUCACAUUAGCCCCACAAUUCUUCCUGGCCUACAGUGUCGUCUUCUGGACUUAAUGACUCCCUGCCCAGUUGUUUUUUGCCUUGUUUCAUUUUUCAGGAGGCUGAAAAUUGAGUCUAGAAGAAAUAAAACAGCAAUAAAAAUGAGGAAGGAAAAAACCACUGUGGCAAUUGUACAGUGAUCUUUUCCAAUCGAAAGAACUAAACAUUGAUGGGAAAACGUUGCUUUUUUUUUUUUUUAACAGAAACAAAACUCCCAGCAAACAAACAAUAAAUAAACCCUAGAAAAACCCUAUUUUUAAAAACCUGUUUAUUGCAGUCGUGGUGGGAGAUUCACCCCCAUUGAACUAGGUACUGUCCAAACACAUGCUUAGGAGCUUGCUGACUUCCCUUCUUGGGACAAAGUGAAAAUGUGUGUCACUGCAACUUGAUGGCAGAUUUGAUGGGGAAAACAAACAUACAGUACAGUGAAACUGUUUAAAACAUAAUUUUUCUGUUGAGUGGCCAGAGCUUAACAAGAAGGGGGGAGGGUCAUAACCCCUCUCUACAAAAUGCUGAUGCAGUUUUGCUGCCCAGAUACGUAAUAAAUGAGCACAUUGUUUCACAACAAUACCCAUGUCUGUCUGUAGAUCCUGUCAGUUAUUGUAAGCAAAUCGUACUUUUGCUUGGCCAGUUCUUGGAUAGGAUAUCCCCAAAGAUGCUUCAGGAAGUGAUUUGGGGGUCCAGUAGAUGUCAUUCUGCCCGUUCCUAACCUACACACCACGACAGGGGUUUUGCAGUUGGAAAGCUGCCUUUGCUGAGACUUCAGCACAAGUUAGAGCUGUUAGUCCAGGUGUCCUGCCCAAGCUCCAGUUUGAGUAAUGACAAUGUGUUUUGCCUAACUCACUUUAUAAUAGCCAUUGAGCAGUUGUCUUUAUUGCCUAUCCUAAGCUGUUCAGUGAUGUGUGCACUGCUUAAGAGCUCCCAUAUUCCAUCUGGGAUAUGGCAGAAUAUUGGCGGGGAAGAGAUGGAGGGAAAUAUUCCACAUAUAGUCUGCAGAGUGUUUGGGGAUAUAUUUCAUUCUACAGUAAGGUUAUUGUCCAAGGAAGUAACAGAGAUGGUGGAGUUUUUAGAAGAAAUGAUUUACAAGGAAAGAUUAAAAUCCAAACACCCGGGGCCCCAUAUGCCACUGUACCAAUCUACAGGAGCUGUAGAAGCCCCACUGCUGUUGAUCAGGGAGAUUUCCCCAGUGUGAGCAGCCUUAUGUGCUCAGCCUGGCCAGGCCCACGCUGGAGGCAGGACCAGGGCAGGUGGCAAAUCCCCACAGCACUACAGGGAUUUUUGGAUGUUGCACCUGCAGAGCAGGCCACAGGCAGCCCUGGGACACUGUCAUUAACUAAAGCAUCUUUUGAUCGCUCUGAUCUACAUUGGAGUCCACACUGGCCUCUAGAGCAGCCUUGAAUCCUGCAGGUGCAAAGGUAGUUCACAGCCACCUUACCUCCACUUGCCCUUAGUUCUGCCCUUCUGGCCUAGGCCACUUAGAAGCACAACUCAGAACUCCAGCCUGCGCUGGCAAAACCAGGGCGACAGAUGUGAUUUAAGGGGGAGAUUUCCAAUGGCACACGUGGCACUGGGCCUUAAAAUCUUCUGUGAUUCUAGAGAUGUUUGGAUGGAUUUGAAAUUAAGGGAGACAGGAAUGGUUUAUGAUGAUCAAAGAGGAAGAACCAGAAGAAAUGAGAUGAAGCUGAGCCGAGAAACACUUAACCUGGACAACAGGAAAAUUUGCCCACUGAUGUCAUAGUAGUAAGUGGGAGCAGGAAGCUGAUUACAUUUCUGUGUAUGGCACUGGGGAGUCCAGUACUGGAAUAGUGUGUCCAGUCCUGCUGUCAGUAUUUUUAAAAAGAUGCUGGGAAAUUGGAGAGAAUGCAGAAAAGAGCCACAAAAAUUAUAUGAGGGCUGGUGGAGAAAAUGUCUUGUAGGAAAGACUUAAAAACUCGAUCUGUUUAGCUUACCAAAAAGAAGAUUAAGAGUUGACUUGAUUACAGUGGCUAAGUACCUUCACAGGGAGAAAAUAUAAAGUGCUAAAUGGAUCUUUAACCUAGCAGAGAAGUAUAACAAGAACCACGGGCGGGGAGUUCAAUCCAGUUAAAUUCUUAUUAGAAGGAGGUUCAUGUUUUGAAGAGAGAGGGUUAUUAACCAUUGGAACAAACUCCCAAGGGAAGGGAUGUGGAUUCUCCAUCUCUUGACAUCCUCCAUUCAAGACUGAAUGCCUUUCUUGCUUUAGUCAAACACAAGUCAUUUGGCUCAAUGCAUGGAUAAAUGGGUGAAAUUCCCUAUCCUGUGAUAUACAGGAGAUUGACUAGAUGAUCCAAUGGCCCCUUCUGGAUUUAAAAUAUAUAAUUCUAUCAAAUCUCUUACAGAAAAAAAAAAAAGAGGACCACCAAAAAAAAGCCAGCAUGGCUAAACAGAGUAAAAGAGGCUAUUGGAAGCAAAAAGACAUCUUUUAAAAAUUGGAAAUCAAAUCCUACAAAGGAGAAUAGAAAGGAGCAUAAACUCUGGCAAGUCAAGUGUAAAAGUGCAAUUAGGCAGGUCAAAAAAGAAUUUGACGAGCAGCUAGCAAAAGAC